AUGCCCAUGCCUACGCCCCCAACGGACGAACAACGCCUCGCGGAAUCUCUCGAAUCAACCGAAAACUCGACCAAAUACCACUCCAAUCUCUCUCGGGCUGAUGUGACGGCCUCCGGUAAACUCGUACGCGGCUCUACUGUUCGUCAAAUGUCGUACAAAUUCCAGUCGCUGCGUAAGAAGAUUGAGAAUGAGCUCUCGCGCAAGCGUCCCGGCGGUGGCCGCGGCCAGCAAGAGGGCACCCCGUCUGGCUUCAAGCGCCAGUCCAAGCGCAACAUCAAGGGCACCGUUGCCGGCCUGCGCCCCAGCCCGGCGCUGACCGUUCCGGAGGGCAUGAGCGUUGCCGACGCCGCCCAGCUGUGCGCUGCCAAGCGCACUGACUGUGUCCUCGUCGUUGACGAUGAGGAAGGCCUCAGCGGUAUCUUCACCGCUAAGGACCUCGCAUUCCGCGUUACUGCUGAGGGUCUUGACCCGCGCCUCACCGCUGUUUCGAGCAUCAUGACUCGUAACCCCAUGGUCACCCGUGACACCACCAGCGCGACGGAGGCGCUGCAGCUUAUGGUCUCGCGCCAUUUCCGUCACCUCCCUGUCUGUAACGAGGAUGGCGACGUGGUCGGUCUCCUUGACAUCACCAAGGUCUUCCACGAUGCUCUUGCCAAGGUCGAGCGCAGCUCGUCGGCCACCAACCAGCUCUCGGCCGCUCUUGCUGGCGUCCAGAGCGAGCUUGGCCCUGGCCUCAACAACCCCCAGGCUGCUGCUAUGCUCGCCUACGUUGAUGCUCUGCGUGACAAGAUGGCCCAGCCGGACCUCAUGUCGGUUCUUGACACUAGCCUUCCUCCGCCGACCGUCACUCCGCGCACUUCAGUGCGUGAAGCUGCCCGCCUCAUGAAGGACCGCAGAACAACGGCGGUCUGCGUCCUCGAGACCAACUCGGGCACCAGCACCCUUUCCGGUGUCAGCAACCCCAGCGCCGCGCCCAAGAUUGCUGGCAUCUUCACCUCCAAGGACAUUGUCCUUCGCGUCAUUGCCGCCGGCCUUGACGCUUCGCGCUGCAGUGUGGUGCGCGUCAUGACCCCGCACCCCGACACAGCUCCGCCCUACAUGAUCGUCCAGGAUGCUCUUAAGAAGAUGCACAACGGGCAUUACCUCAAUCUUCCUGUCGUCACCGAGGACGAGGGGCGGCUCAUUGGCAUUGUCGAUGUGCUCAAGCUCACCUACGCGACGCUCGAGCAGAUCGAGUCUAUGAACGAGGAGACCGGCAGCGAGAGUGGUGGCCCCAUGUGGGGCAAGUUCUUUGACACUCUUAACCAGGGAGCGCCGGACGAUGACUCUAUUUCAGCCAUUUCGCGCCACUCGUCGCAUGACACGCCCUCGAAGAGCCACCAGCGCGGUCUCUCGGUUACCUCGCCCAUCUCAGAGCUCAUGCCUGGAGACUCCGCAUCGGCUGUCAACGAGGACAUCUCAGACAUCGGCAUCAGCAAGGGCCCCGCCUCGUCCGUCGCUGCCCCCGGCCUCCCCGAGGACGACGGCACCUACGUCUUCAAGUUCAAGACGCCAUCUGGACGGACGCACCGCUUCCAGGCUCGUCACGACAGCUACGACCUUCUCCGUGACAUUGUGCUGGGCAAGCUCCAGGUGGACCCCUUCUUCGAGCCAUCAUCUGACCCGAACGCUUUCAUCCCCGACCCUACUUGCUUCGUCCUCAGCUACACUGACGACGAGGGUGAUCUCGUAGACAUCACCGCGGACGGUGACGUGGCUGACGCGGUCCGCGUCGCUCGCGGGCAGAAGUCGUCUCGCGUCGUGCUCUCCGUGCACGGCGGCAAGAACUGGGAGGAGGCUGUUCGCCAGAGCGCGGCUGCUGCUGCCGCCGCCGCUGCUGAGGAGGCUGCGGAAGAGGUCAAGCCUGCUGUCGUUCAGCAGGAGAAGAUCGAAACGAUACCCGAGGUGCCCGAGGUGUCUGCUGGCGACCCCGCCGAGUCGCUGAAGGACCCCAAGGCUGAUCCCGCUGUUGUUCCUACGUACGGUGCGACGGGCGUACACGCGCGCAACAUUGUCGAGCCCAACGACCUUGUGCUUGGCGUCCUGCCAAAGGACUUGGCGCUGCCCGCAGCCAUUGGCUUCCUGGGCGUUGUCAUUGCGGGCGUUUUCGUCGCCUCGCGCGCGAGCAAGUAG